CAUAAGUUAAUUCUGAUCAUAAUCCAGGAACCAUUACACAAACAAUUUCCUCAUACCAGACCAUUUCCUGGUUGUUUGAUUUCAAACAAAAUGAUCUUCCGUGUGGAAAACAGCCAAAUAGAAAAGGGUUAGAGAGAGUGAAAGGCUGUUGGUAUUUAUUCACAGUCUUUGUGUGGAGAGACGAACACAUUCACCAUGUUGCUCUGUCUGCUGCUGCUGCUCGUCUGCAGCGCCCAGGCGAGUCAUUUUUACGGGACAGUGAUGACCUACUACCCAAACAACAUGAACUCACCUGGAUCUUUCACGGUGGUCCUUCGCUAUAAGCUGACCUUCCACGAAUGCACAACGAAUGACCAGUGGGACUGCCUCAGUGGGGUCUGUGGGACCGAGAAUACCGUGCUGAAUGUUGUCUUGGACAAUGGAGACUGGUGUCAGAGAGAGGGAAUCAUGACUCGAACAGUUUCCACUAAUGCUCCGUUUCAGCUGCAGUUGGACGGUGGUAACUGGAUCAAUAACAUCAGAAAUGGCAUUGUAAAUUGGAGAGCUGUGACUCUGGUGGACUUGAGAAUCCGGUCAGACAUCAACCAAGCCAACACGCCCCCCCAGACUACCAUAAUACCAGUUGUGAGAGUUCCUUCAAACUGUGAGAGAGAUUUCAGUCUGUUGGCGUUUGACCCUGAUGGAGACAGUGUUGGAUGCAGAUAUGGAACCACAGAUUCAGAAUGUAACCCCUGCACAUCGCCAUCUGUUCUCAGCCUCUCUUCUUCAUCCUGCACUCUGUCAUUCAGCCCCACUAACAGCACCAAUGAAGGUCCAUAUGUUGUACAGUUGGUCAUGGAGGACUUUCCCAGGGAGAUUAUCGCUCUGACUCGCUCUGAUGGGGUGCAGACCAUCAUAACGUCCAGCUUCGCUAUGAGUAAACUACCUGUCCAGUUUGUUUUAAGGGUGGACCCUGCGGUGCCAUCCUGCACAGAGGGACUCUAUCUGCCCAGGUUCCUGUCUCCGACCCCGGCCAACAGAGCUCAGCUGUUCACCCCUGCCAAUCAGGCUCUGGAAAUCAGCAUCAAUGCAGAGGCAAAUAACUCCACGAUUUCUAAGCUGCUGUUCAGCGGGCCGCACAACAUAAUCAGUAAUUCAUUAGGAGCAGGACAAUACAUCUUAAGAUGGACGCCGUCUGAGGCAGAGGAUGGAGAGAGCCACCCCGUCUGUUUUAUCGUCCAAGCAGAAUUGAAUUCAGACAAAUAUGACUCAGAGCUUCGAUGCAUCAUAGUGAGUGUUGGAAACGAUUCAUCAGUAACCACAACCAGUCAGCCAACAACUACAGCAGUAGCUACAACAAACAUCACCACACCACAACCUACAACCACAGCUCUCCCAGCAACUACAAACAUCACCACACCACAACCUACAACCACAGCUCCCCCAACUACAACAGACAUCACCACACCACAACCUACAACCACAGCUCCCCCAACAACUACAAACAUCACCACACCACAACCUACAACCACAGCUCCCCCAGCAACUACAAACAUCACCACACCACAACCUACAACCACAGCUCUCCCAGCAACUACAAAUAUCACCACACCACAACCUACAACCACAGCUCCCCCAACUACAACAAACAUCACCACACCACAACCUACAACCACAGCUCCCCCAACAACUACAACAAACAUCACCACACCACAACCUACAUCCACAGCUCUCCCAACAACUACAAACAUCACCACACCACAACCUACAACCACAGCUCCCCCAACAACUACAAACAUCACCACACCACAACCUACAACCACAGCUCCCCCAACAACUACAAACAUCACCACACCACAACCUACAACCACAGCUCCCCCAACAACUACAACAAACAUCACCACACCACAACCUACAACCACAGCUCCCCCAACAACUACAACAAACAUCACCACACCACAACCUACAUCCACAGCUCUCCCAACAACUACAAACAUCACCACACCACAACCUACAACCACAGCUCCCCCAACAACUACAAACAUCACCACACCACAACCUACAACCACAGCUCCCCCAACUACAAACAUCACCACACCACAACCUACAACCACAGCUCUCCCAGCAACUACAAACAUCACCACACCACAACCUACAACCACAGCUCCCCCAACUACAACAAACAUCACCACACCACAACCUACAACCACAGCUCCCCCAGCAACUACAAACAUCACCACACCACAACCUACAACCACAGCUCUCCCAGCAACUACAACAAACAUCACCACACCACAACCUACAACCACAGCUCUCCCAGCAACUACAACAAACAUCACCACACCACAACCUACAACCACAGCUCUCCCAGCAACUACAAAUAUCACCACACCACAACCUACAACCACAGCUCCCCCAACAACUACGACAAACAUCACCACACCACAACCUACAACCACAGCUCCCCCAACAACUACAAACAUCACCACACUACAACCUACAACCACAGCUCUCCCAACAACUACAAACAUCACCACACUACAACCUACAACCACAGCUCCCCCAACAACUACAAACAUCACCACACCACAACCUACAACCACAGCUCCCCCAACAACUACAAACAUCACCACACCACAACCUACAACCACAGCUCCCCCAACAACUACAACAAACAUCACCACACCACAACCUACAACCACAGCUCCCCCAACAACUACAACAAACAUCACCACACCACAACCUACAACCACAGCUCCCCCAACAACUACAACAAACAUCACCACACCACAACCUACAACCACAGCUCCCCCAACAACUACAAACAUCACCACGCCACAACCUACAACCACAGCUCCCCCAACAACUACGACAAACAUCACCACACCACAACCUACAACCACAGCUCCCCCAACUACAACAAACAUCACCACACCACAACCUACAACCACAGCUCCCCCAACAACUACAACAAACAUCACCACACUACAACCUACAACCACAGCUCCCCCAACAACUACAAUAAACAUCACCACACCACAACCUACAACCACAGCUCCCCCAACAACUACAACAAACAUCACCACACCACAACCUACAACCACAGCUCCCCCAACAACUACAAACAUCACCACGCCACAACCUACAACCACAGCUCCCCCAACAACGACGACAAACAUCACCACACCACAACCUACAACCACAGCUCCCCCAACUACAACAAACAUCACCACACCACAACCUACAACCACAGCUCCCCCAACAACUACAACAAACAUCACCACACCACAACCUACAACCACAGCUCCCCCAACAACUACAACAAACAUCACCACACUACAACCUACAACCACAGCUCCCCCAACAACUACAACAACCAUCACCACACCACAACCCACAACCACAGCUCCCCCAACAACUACCACACCAACUACAACAACCAUUACCACACCACAACCUACAACCACAACUCCUCCAACAACUACCACACCAACUACAACAACCAUCACCACACCACAACCCACAACCACAGCUCCCCCAACAACUACCACACCAACUACAACAACCAUUACCACACCACAACCUACAACCACAACUCCUCCAACAACUACCACACCAACUACCACAACCAUCACCACACCACAACCCACAACCACAGCUCCCCCAACAACUACCACACCAACUACAACAACCAUCACCACACCACAACCCACAACCACAGCUCCCCCAACAACUACCACACCAACUACCACAACCAUCACCACACCACAACCCACAACCACAGCUCCCCCAACAACUACCACACCAACUACAACAACCAUCACCACACCACAACCCACAACCACAGCUCUCCUAACAACUACAACAGCAAGUCCACCAUCAGUUACCACACCUGAUGUUUCUAACACAAAUGUUGUAGCUCUGACAAUGAGGCUUUCCUCUUCCAUUCCACUGUCUGAGGACUUCAUCAGGAGCACCAUCAUACAACAGAUAAAAGAUGAACUGGUGAGACAAGGGCUGCCAUCUGACACGACUGUCAACCUCGUGAGUAGCACGCAAGUGUAAUUUACGACCACAGCAAUCCCUGAUGAUUCAGCGUCAACAUUUAUUGACCCCUGGAGAGAAACGUUGUCAGCAGUUGCCUGUCAUAUUCAGAACAGCAAGUUCAGCAAACAGCUUUUCAAAAAUAUGUUUUCCUUGAUUCUCAAAAAGAUGAAUACUUGUAAGAUGAAUUUCAUUGAUCCUUUUGUGGAGAGAGAACAUAACAUGAAUAUGUAAAUGUAUGUAUUCCAGAUUGGACAUUCUUGAUUAGUUAUAAUAACUUUAUUUAUAUAGCAUCUUUAAAAACAGAGUUUACAAAGUGCUUUGACUGUCGAUUUAUAAUAAAGCCAUCUUCACAAACAAA